AUGUGCCGGCGGCUGCGUGCCCGUGCCUGCAGGCGGGAGUGCGUGUGUGUGUGUGUGCGUGUGCCUGCGGGUGGGUACCGCAUGUUCGUGUCUCUCCGCGUGCCCCGGGCGGGAUGCUCUCAGGGACUAGCAUGGGAGAAGCCUUCCCCAGGCAUGGGCAGCACUAGGGAGCCCGAGGCCCUGCAGCUGCUGAACCGAGAGGCUGAGGACACCUGUGAGCCUGGUACCAGCUCCUUGGGCUGCCCACCAGUGGGUGAGCACUUGCCCAGCUCUGGCUGCAACGCGGAUGGCCGUGCCAUGAGGACCUGCUGCGUGGCCGAGCCCCAAGUCCUGGGCACUGUGGAGAAGGUGCCGGUGCCAACAGGACUGGGGAGCUGCGGGGCAGCCGGUGGCACUGCCCCUGCCUGCAGUCCUAUGGAGCCAGGGGGCACCCAGAAGGAGAAGGCCACCCCUGCGCCCUCCCUGCCUGAGCCCUGCCUCAAGGCACCCAGCAAGGACAUGGGCAGCGUGCCGGCUCCAGCCAAGCAUGUGGCAUUCCUGGAGCCAUCGGUGGGAGCUGAGCUGCCCUCCCCGAUGCCAAGCCAGGAGCAGCCCCAGGGUGGCACAGGGGACACUGAAACCCCCGAGCAGCUCCAGAGAGUUGGGGAGCAGGGCAGAGCUGAUAGGAGUACUGAGAGCACCCAGCAGCCCCGGACUGCCAAGCUGCUCUGCGGGUCCUACUCAUUCGAGGUGACACCCCCGCAGGACGCCGGCAUGCAGGACACAGGGACACAAGUGGACAGCCGUGCAUCCCUGGUGUCGGUGGCACUGAGCCCUAUGAGCCCCCCGGGUGGAGCUGCUGCCUUCACCUUCCCCAAGAGAGAGCUGGGCUCUGCCCCAUGCCUGCAGCCUUCCAAGAAGGACGCGGAGAUGCAGGUAUCCAUGCCUGUGGAGACGCGCUCAGUGGCCACCGGGCCCAUGACGCCAGUGGCCAAGUCCCCACAGGCCUCGUACCCCGAGGUGCACGUGAAAGGGGUGGCGGAGGAGGCUCCAGAGCCCAUCCGGGAGGUGAGCUGGGACGAGAAGGGGAUGACGUGGGAGGUGUAUGGGGCCUCCAUGGAGGUGGAGGUGCUGGGCAUGGCCAUCCAGAAGCACCUGGAGAAGCAGAUCGAGGAGCAUGGGCGGCAGGCGGUGGCCACCCCACAGAGCACCCGUGCCAGCUCCGUCAAAGGGGCUCCCCGCAAAGGCGAGCCCAAGAGGCAGCCCAGCGUCUUUCGGGCUCUGCUGCAAAACGUCCGGCGGCCACGGUGCUGCUCUCGUGCCGGCCCUGCCAUGGAGUGAGCUACUGCCCAGCCGUGGGACGGAGGGGACAUGGGGAAGCGUUCCUGCCCUGCGUCCUGAGACGCCCGCUGCCGGCGUGCAGCGCUCCAGGCAGGUGGUGAUGGAGUGCUGCAGGUGGGGAUGGGGCAUCUCAUCUGCUGGGGUCCCCCCCAGCCCUGGGACACGAGUUGGAUGCCAUCUCCCUGUGCAUGGGGUGGGGGCCUGACCGUGGCUUAGAGUUGGGCUCGUGGCAGCAGCAGUGACAACAGCCCCUGGCUGCCCACCACGCUCCUGUUCUUGCUACAUCGGCAUCAUGUCCCACUGCUGUGCCCAGCAGAAGGGUUGUGGGGCUGGAGCAUGUCUGCUCGGGGCCAUCAGCUGCUUG